CUCACCUAAAGUACCUAUUUUUUAAUGAUUAGCGUAUAAUUAUAAUUAUAUAUAGAUGCCGUUGCUAAGAUUAGAAUUGCACCAAGGGCUUAAGGUCGAGUUUUAUAAACUACAAAAUGUACCUAGCUAUACUUCUAGGCCUUCAAGCCUCCACCAGGUGAUAGUAUACACCAAUAUGCAGGUACGUUCUCGCUAUUCACUAAGAAUGCAUGUCAUGCGACAUGUACGAAUAGAAUAGAGCUCUACCUAGGUUAGAAGAAUGUAGUAUUCGAUGGGGAUUGUCACCAUGCAAGAGGAAUAUUGCAACACAUCCAGGUUCGUAGCUUUGGUGUCUUUCGUGCGGAGAAGCAUUGAAAAUCCCCUUCUAUUUAGCAACUUUUCCCUCUACGCCACCUAAAGCCUAAGCGCGUGAACUCAUCGGGUUCUCAUCACUAUUGAAUAACAAGAUGCUCGAAAUCCGGUGCAGCGGAACCCCUUACGAGAUUGGGUUUACCCAUGGUCAGCUAGCCAAGGAGAAGAUAUCAGGGUCUAUUGAUUUCUAUAAACAGCUGUUUUGGGAGUCUUGUUCGAUGACCUGGGCAGAGGUCUUACAAGAAGCGGCAAAGUAUCAUGAUAUUCUGAAGAAGAUCGCAGCGCGGUACCUCGUGGAAAUUGGCGGCAUUGCCGACGGAGCGCAUAUACCGUUUCUGGAUAUUCUAGCGUUGAAUAUACGAUCCGAGAUAACCUUCGGUCUCUUCUCUGACACAUCCAACGGGAUCACAGAUAUCCCUAGCGAUGGCUGUACGAGCUUAGGUUGGCUAGCCAGGUCGAAAUCCUUCGUUGGUCAGAACUGGGACUGGCGGAUAGAACAAGGUCCAAACCUCAUAAUAUGCUACAUAUCACAUCCAGAUACAGAAAUCCCGGAUAUCGCCAUGGUGACCGAAGCUGGUAUUAUCGGGAAAAUAGGACUUAAUUCAAAGGGCGUCGGUUGCUGCUUGAAUGCAAUUCGCUGCCACGGUCUUGAUCGAUCCAAGUUACCUAUACAUUUCGCCCUUCGCGCCGUACUAGAAUCAGGAUCUCGAGAGGAAGCGGUGAAAUUGAUCAAGUCUUCUGGCGUCGCUGGAGGUGGGCAUAUCUUGGUAGGAGAUGCGACAGGCUCGGUAGGCCUCGAGUGUACAAGCCGUUGGGUGAAGGAGUUAUCGAUGGAUGACAACGGGCGGGUAUGUCAUACGAACCAUCUUCUUCUAGAUAAGUCAGGUAUCGACGAACCGUUAUGGCUAGAAGACUCCCCUUGGCGUUUAUCCCGAAUCCGAGAGCUCGCUACUAAAAUAUCCGAGCCGACUCUUGAUACAAUCUUUGAAAUUUUCAAGGAUACUAAGGAUUAUCCAGCUUCUAUCAAUAGGAAACAGGAGGUCGAUUCUAAGGCCCAGACUCUAUUCACGAUUGUCAUGGAUUUAACAAGCAGGUACGCUCAGGUCACGGUUGGGAGACCUACCGAGUACAGCGAACGACGAUUUCUGAGAUUUGUAGAUGGCUGAACGAACCUCUUUGCUGUAUCUACCUCUUAUUCGGAUAAAUUAUUUUCUACUUGUAUUAGUAUUUAUUUUAUUUUAUUUUUAAUAUUACACAAAUUCGUUUAAUAG